AUGGGGCGCACUUGGGCACGGGAUUGCCCCACCUCCUCCACCCACUGCCCACAACAAUCAGCUCCCUUCCACCCUCCUCAUACACUGCACUUCCUCUCCAGCGUCCCACUCCCCCUUCAGCAAACCUCCAGCACACGGCCCCCACCCGCCAACUUGUCCUUCACAACAUACCAGGUGAGAAAAGAACUGAAGAAGAUCACUUCAAGGCCCCUCAAUUCCUGGGCAGACCAGCUGUGUGGGAUAGUGGAGCACAUCUUCAACCUGAGCCUGAACCUGGGGAGAGUAACGUUGCCCCCCACCAUCGCUAAUGUGAGAAGAGAGGAGCGUCACAGCGGAGGAAUGAAGGAGCAACAGCUGCAGUGUCUGCGGCAGAAACACGGUCACACAGGUCCCAGCUCUCUCAGCUCCGAUCCUACUAUUUGCAGUCAGUUCAUUAUGUUCCACCAGCUGACGGACCAAACAGUGAAUGGCAGCUGCCAGGGAGCCGCUUUAGCCUGCAACAAGAGCGCGGAUGGAGACGCGCUCCAGCUGCCCACUUUCUCCACAGCGGCCAAAGUCAGAGUCAUCAUCACCUUCAGCCUGUGCGCAGUUUCAGCUGUGUGCAACUUGGUUGUGCUGUAUGCUGCCGGCAACGGCGGCAAGCGCAAGUCUCACGUCCGGAUCCUCAUAAUGAACCUGACCGUGGCGGACCUGCUGGUGACUUUCAUCGUGAUGCCCAUGGACGCGGUGUGGAACAUCACGGUGCAGUGGCAGGCGGGAGAUGUCGCCUGCAGGCUGCUGAUGUUCAUGAAACUGGUGGCGAUGUACUCCUGCGCUUUUGUGACUGUGGUCAUUAGUUUGGAUAGACAGUCUGCCAUUCUCAAUCCUCUGGGCAUCAGUGAGGCCAAGAGGAAAAGCAAGAUCAUGUUGACUGUGGCCUGGACGAUGAGUGUAAUCCUCUCGCUCCCUCAGAUGUUUAUAUUUCACAAUGUGACCAUCACAGUCCCGGAGAACUUCACCCAGUGCACCACCCACGGCAGUUUUGUCCAGCGAUGGCAGGAGACCCUUUACAACAUGUUCACUUUUGUGUGCCUCUUCCUCCUCCCUUUGGUUAUAAUGAUCUUCUGCUACACGCGAAUCCUCAUUGAGAUAUCCAGCCGCAUGGCUCGGGGUAACUUGCUGUCAAAAGAUGUUCAUCUCCGCCGCUCCCACAACAACAUCCCAAAAGCUCGAAUGAGGACUCUUAAGAUGAGCAUCGUCAUCGUGACGUCAUUCAUCGUCUGCUGGACCCCGUACUACCUGCUAGGUCUGUGGUAUUGGUUAUACCCUGAAAAAAUGGAGGAAACGGUCUCUCAUUCACUGACACAUAUGCUGUUUAUCUUUGGCCUCUUCAACGCCUGUCUGGACCCCAUCACUUAUGGUCUGUUCACCGUUCAUCUUCACCAGGGUCUUAAGAGAUGCCGUCAGACAUCAAACACACGGCCUGAAUUUGAAAACAACACUUGCCUUGUACACAUGACUCACCUUUCAUCUCGUAAGCAGAUUGCCUCAAAUAGCAACAACACAGACAUAGAGGAGGGAAACGAAAACAAUAGCACAAAGAAUGGUUCAAGGCCGAUCCUCCAAGUAAGCAAGAUGUAA